AUGGUAAAACCACAUUCAAUAGGUACUGCCAUAGUAUGUACUCUAACAAUUCUUACUGGUAUUACUCUAUUGAUCACCGCAUCCGUUUGCACCAGUGACAUUCAUUUUAUUCGGGAUGGAUGGGAUGAGAUCUAUUCAUUAUCAAUUUAUAGUAUUGUCAUUGGUGGCUUGGCUGCCAUUCUUACUAUUGGGUUUUUAUAUGUUGUGACUCGUCAAUUUCCAGCACUAACAAUACUCUUUUCUAUUUUGAUUCUUCUUAUUUUGAUUCUUGCCAUUGUAUGCAUAGUUAUGCUUGCAGUAGCUCUCGGUGAUCUUAAAGAGGAUUCAUUUAUAUAUAUUGGCAGUCUUACGCUUAAUUACGCAAAUUCAAAUACAAGUAUCAGUUCGAAGAACCUAUUGGGAACAAUCCAGCAAUCACUUAGAUGUUGUGGUACCGUAGAAGCAGCUGAUUGGGCAGCAAUAUAUUCUGAUGGAAAAAGUACUCCUGACACAUGUUGUCAAGCAAUGGCUCCAGGUUGUGGUAACUACUCUCUUAGUUUGAACAGUACAAUAUUUCUUCGUGGCUGCGCUAAUUCACUAUAUUCGUAUAUUCGCGAAGAUGUCAUUGCAAUUAUUUUUCUCAAUACUAUUCUUGCAACAUUAAUAGCAAUUAGUGCUAUAUUUGGAUUUAUUACUGAACGUUAUAUUCGACGUCAAUAUGAAUUGAUGUGA